CCCUAACAGGUAGAUGGAAUUUUUCAUUUCACUUCAUCGCCAAGCACUUGCUGCGCAAGGGUAUCUUAUCUUUCCUUGGGACUUUGUUGUUUCUACAAUCAGCGCUUUCUAAAAAGAAACAUCUGCUGUUUUCUGUUACUUUGGAAGAGUUUAAUCGUGUUUUAUAGAAAAUGUUUAAACAGGUUUAACUCGUUUUGAAAGCAAGGGAACAAUAAUGAAAGUGAAAGCAGAUCUGUGGACGUACGCCUGCAUCGUCUCACAUUGUCCGAAUUAAUUUUGUGUUGGCCUGUUAAUUAAAAAUGGACUUGCAUAAAAACUUGUUCGUGACAGCUCUAUUGAUGAGCUGCAGCUGUAAUGGGUUUUUAGUGAAGGGUCCAUCUGGUCCACUGGUUGCUCUUCUGGGGUCAUCCGUGGUUUUGCCCUGUUAUGUUAACGAAUCUUUACCUGUGAAAGAACUAAAAGUGAUCUGGAUAAGAUCAAAUCUGAAUACUUUAGUGCAUGUUUUUCAAGACGGCGAGAGUCGACCAGAUGCCCAGUAUCAGGAUUAUUAUCAAAGAGCUCAUUUCUUUACUGAGGAGAUUCAGCAUGGGAACUUUUCUCUCCGCCUGGAUGAUAUGAGAGCUGAAGAUAAAGGCUUUUACCGAUGUAAAGUGUACACUGAGCAGGAAUCUGACGAAACACUGGUUCAAAUUAAAGCAGUCGAGUAUUUGAGUGUGUCAGGAUCUGCUAAUCCAGUUUCUGCGUCUGUGGGUGAAGACGUCACUCUUAACUGCUCGGUAAAGUCUCACGUCCCUCCUGAAGAGAUUGAACAGGUCUCAUGGAGGAAAACAGAUAAAAACCUCCAGCUUCUGCUUUUUGAGAAGAACACUGUGAGUCCUGGAGAUGAGCGAUACAGAGAGCGUGUGGAGUUUUUCUCCUCUGAAAUCUCCAAAGGAAACUUCUCUGUCCGACUGAGGAGCAUCAGAACUGAAGAUGCAGGAGUUUACAUGUGUCUCGUCAAGACCGGAAACUUUUCAGCCAGUGCACUUGCAGUACUGGAGAAACUGGGUGAGUCAAGAAAACUACUUUACAAGUGUAAACCGCAUAAAUCUCACACCACUAAUGUGGUAUGUGUCUAA